AUGUUAAGAGUUAAGGCAAAAAUAACGUUUGAAGAUGCUAUUAAAAGUAAAGCUGACAAAGUUGAACUCGAAGCAACGAACAAAGUUUUGAAAUCUCAUAAACACAACAUCUCCGAUAUAAAUGAACUUCAAGCUACAUUAGACAGUAAAGCUGACAAGAACCAUACACAUAAAUCCUUCACUACUGUUAGAGCAGACGACAUAAUAUUGAACUUUGACCUUGGUUCAAGUGCACCUUUAGAGAAUCCGAGUACAAGCGUAAAAGAUACUCUUAACAGUUUAGAUAAGAGUUGCAGGAACAUUGAAAGUCAUGCCAGAAACUUUGAAGCAUAUGAACUACCCGCAAUGUUAGAUAAGAAAGCAGACAAAACUUAUGUAGAUGAAGAACUAUCAAAGAAAUUUUCGAAACCAGAUACAAUGACAUUUACAACAGAAAUUAUAAAUGGUGAACCAGCAACUCCAUUUGAAUUUGUUAGAGGUCUUCAACCAGAUACUUUUGAAUUUUUCUUGGAUAAUUCUAUUGAACUAACAUUACAUUAUAAAAGUGGAACAAAUGCAACAUUUCAUCCGGGAGAUACAUUCCAAAUGGUAUUUAAUGACAUAAGUUCUUUAGAAUAUGUUUAUAGAGUUAUGAGCAUAUAUGAUUUAAUAUAUCCUAUAGGAGCUGUUUAUACGUCUAUGAAUCCAAUAAAUCCAAACACUUUAUUUGGUGGUAGAUGGUAUGAAAUAGUUGACAGUUUUCCAUUCUACACUAAUACUCAGUCAAUGAAGAUGGGAGGUUCAAAGAAAAUAGGUAUUGAAAACCUUCCUUCACAUAUGCAUAGGUUCAGUGGAAGAACAUCUGUGGAAGGAAACCAUUCACAUUCAAUAACAAAAAGAG